UGGAACCAGUUUUUCUGGCCCCAGAGCCAGUUCUUUGUCAUUGGAAACAGAAAACCCGGUUCCAAACUAAGCACUGGCCCCGAACCAGCCCUGGAACUGCUUUGGUGGAAAAGGGGCAACACAUGUUUGGGAGCACUUACAUUUGUGAGAGCAGCUUUUCAACAAUGAAGCACAUUAAGUCAAAAGAGAGGAACAGAUUCACGGAUGAUGCUCUUUUUCAUUUGAUGCGGAUUGGAUGCACAAAGAUUGACAUUGAUAUCCAGUCUAUUGUGCGCCAGCAGGCAAAACCACAAGUAUCUCAUUAAGUUGCACUUAAUGUUGGGCUGCUGUGUUUUUAGUUUUGUGCCUCAUUGAAUUUGAGCCCUUUGCACUUUGUUUCUUUUAAAACAAACUUGUGUUUGUCGUUUAACAAGACGAGCAUUAUGUUAAAAAUGCAUUUCAGUGUGGAAAAUAUUAAAUAAAUGUAUGUUGGUUCAAUAAACAUACAGACAUAAGAAUAUACAAAUAUUUUGUUCUUAUUUAAAAUUAUUUUGUAACUUCUCUCAUAUCUGAUUAGUUGAAGUGUGCGGUCAUGUGGCCCUCUGAUGGUGGUGAUGAAAAAUUGUGGCCCUCUUUAUCAUGCAAGUUGCCCAUCGCUGAUUUACUGUAUUGGACCAAAUAUUAAUCCCUUUCUCUUUCUCACAGUAAAUGUGGCAGUGCAAGGCAUGUCCGUCAGCUGUUCAAAACUGGCCAUGAGUUCUCCAGCAAUACUGAAAAUUGUUCUGGCGGACAACACGUGCCAAAGAUUGACAUUCCCAAGUGGACUUCCUGGAGCAAUAGAGGACCUGGUUUGUGAAGUAAAGAGACAGUGUGGUUUAACAUCCAAUUUCAGACUACAGUUCAUGGACCCACUGUUUGGGAAUGACUUUAUGAACCUUACUUCCAUGAAUGAAGUACAAGAUAGAGGGACAAUUAGAAUAGUUCCAGAUACUUUCAUGUGUAUGAAUACUACUCGCCCCAUCUCCACUGCUGCUCCCUCCACGAUUUCUGAUUUUGAGGGGCCCUCAUCCCCAUCGCUUAGCAGUGCUGACACGGAUGUAAUCUCUUCCCCAGAUUCUGAGCCAUCUCGGUCAAGGUCACUUUGGCCUUCCACCUUCCACUGCCCGAUGUUUUCUUACGAUGCUGAAUUGAAACUCCAGAAGGCAAAUGCAGUGUACAGGGAGACGCGUACUUUGCUUUGUGCAGACGCAGACCCGAAACUUAAAUCAGACAUUCUCCAUGGACUAACUCAAGAAAUAGUCAAGUAUGGUGUUUCUGCCACGGAUAGGCAGUUUAGCAUGGUUGGGAAAGCGCUCAUUUCCAAGCACCCUUGCCUAGCUGAGGAAAACUCAUUCACUGGAUAUGCAGGGUGGAAAAUUAGCCUGAAGAACAAACUGGCAAUGUACCAUUCUCGUUUGAGGAAACUGGGAUGUCCAGAGGUAAUGAUCAACUCUGUUCAGAGGACACCAGGAGUCAAAACAAGUCCUGCUCUUGGCAUUAAAAAACCGAAGAGAUCUGAAGUCAACUACUGCCCAGCUUACCCUACAGGAGAAAAUGAUAUGUCCCUUGAGAAACUUCGAGUGGAACUUACGUACGACGUUCAGACGAAAAAUAGCAGAGAGAUAAAGAUGAAAAUGGAGAAGACUUUUGCUUACCGGAGAAAAGAAGUCGUUUGCAAUGCACCCAUGAUCCAUGAGGUCCAGCAAAGAUGGCCAGCCCUCUUUGAUGUACACGAGAUCAAUGCCGAAUUCAAACGGAUUACGACAAUACCCUUACAGUCCAAAUUUCUUUCGCAGUUAGACAUACUAUCUGACAAGCUUGUGAAGCUUUUCAAGAAGAGAGCUGGCCAGAUUGGCACACAUCUAAAGAGAGUUUUGUCAUCAAUUACUCAGGAUGGUGAUGGUUAUGCUGAUGCUGACGAUGUUGAUGUUGGGCGGGAGUGCCUGCUGAAAGCGCUGUACAUUUACCUCAAUGAGGACCCGAGCAAUCUUAUUCGAGAACUUGUGGAAGAAGAUGAAAGUCAGAUUCAGAGAGCAAUGGAAGAAACAACGGUGGGGAUUUUUGUCGUGAAGCGCCACAUCUUCGACCAUCCUGACAUUGGGAUCAUCCUGGAGGGGCAGCAGGUAUUGCUGGAACUGGACAAUGUGGCUUUAGCAGCAGCAACGCUGUUUGGGCUCAUUUAUGCUUUAAAUCUGGAUUACCCUAAAGAACUCAAAUAUACAUUUGAGGUUCUGCAGAAGAUCAUCAUGGAGCUGGAGGGCACCAUCAUGUCAAAAAAAUGCCAAGCCCUGUUAAAAAGACUCCAACUGUGAUGCUUCUUUCUUCCAAUU